UGAGGCUCAUGUUGAGGGGAAUGAGAAGAAGAACACAAACAGAGGAAGAGGAAGUGACCGAAAGAUGACCAAGAAGAAUCAGGGACAAUGGUCCCAAGGACAACAAUUUAGUGGGGGUAGCACUAGUAGUGGUUCAUCUGGAAAGACUCGUAGUGGACCAUACGGGUGUUUCAGUUGUGGUCAACAAGGUCAUAAGAAGAAAGAUUGCCCGCAACGACAACAAAGAUUUCAAGCAUCUCAUGGAGGACCCAUAGGGAGCUAUGUAGAGUCUACUCCUUUUCAUGGACAGCCCAGGACAAACCAGUCUCAGUCUUCAUCCUAUGGUUUCACACCCCAAUCGGGCCAGCAGUCUCAGUAUCAACAUCAGUUCAGGCCACAAGGUUCAGGGUUCAACAUGGGGUACUCACAAGGUUUCCAAACUCCUGCACCUAGUGGGAGUCAAAGAGGGUACAAUCAAGGUGGAGGGUCUGGUGCAAGUACAAGCUACCCUAGUCAGGGAAGGGGCAAGGCAAAAGCAAAGUCAUCCGCUCAAGCCUACGCUCUUGGGGUUGAUGAUGUGCAGGGCGGUGCUGACCAGGGAGUUGUCGAUGGAACUCAGUUUGAUGCUAGUGGAUGAGGAUGGUACUGUUGGGAAAGGAAUGUCGUUAUUAGUUUAGUCAUAUUUUACUCUUUCACCUUCUAAUGAGACUGAUUUUGUAUUUAAGAACCAAUGGAUGGUCUGGAUGACUUAAAUUAGCUAUGUACUAGUUAGAAAUGAGAAAUGAUGGAUGCUAGGUAUUAUUUUGGUAUCUUAUUGACUUAUUAAAUCUAUCUAUUUGGUGAUUACAUAACUGUGGGAAUAUUACUGUUCUUUUAUA